AUGGGUGGAAGUCUGUCCAGAUCAGUUGACAUUGGCGCUGAGAAUGAAAUUGAAAACGAUGAAGAUCCUAGAGAAAUUCUCAGCAAGAAACUGAUCUUUUUGAGGUGAGCAUCUACUUGUUUCCCUAUUUAAAGUUCUGUUUACAGGGAUUCCAUGAUUCAAAUGCGCGGCCAAUUGCUUCAUUUUCAACAUGUUUACAAGUAUUGGCAGAGUGACAUUGAGCAAUUGCAGAGUGAAUUGAAAAUAUUGAAGAUGGUCAUUAUGGUGAUACACAAAUCGAUUGAAGACGUAAAAGCUCAGAAAAAUAUCUCCGAGCAGAUAAUGAGGAUUCUGAAGCCGAGAGUGGACGAAAUCAAUGACGUCAUGUGUGUAUUGAUGCUCGAAAUCGAUCAAUAUAAUAGUAAGACAGGACAAAAUACCAUUGACCAACUGGAAACUCUGAUGAACAAGUUGAAUCCAUUCGACAUUCCGAACGUCGAGAGUCUUGAAGAAGGGAGCAUCGAAGAGCCGAUCGAAACCGACCGAGUGCUCAACAGUAUUCUGAAGCAGCACAGUGAGAAGCACGCAAAACAAUUGGACAAGAUCAAAACGGCCAGAAUUCAGAUAGAAGUGAGAUAACUUUUGAUGUUAUUGAGGAAAAAAUAGAGUUGCAGGAAGAAACUGAAGUCUGCUGCGACAACGUGAAAAUAGAGAGAGGCAACCAGAAGAUUUCGACGAUUCUUCGGAAGCCAGUUGUUUUGUUUGUGAAUAAUCUGGAUGACGAGAAGACGUUGGAAACGUUGCGGAUUUUGAAUCAGAAUAAAGUGGACUACUCCGUUUUCGAUGUGGCUUUCGACGCAGAAGUCCGCUUAUUUGCCAAGGAUCUCUCCGGUUGCAAAUCUUUCCCCCAGUUGUUCGUGAACUGUAAUUACAGAAAACCGUCAGAACUCGGAUUUAUCAUGGCGGGUCUUCCAAAGCUUGUCAAUUUCAAUUGACCGCUUUUGUAGAGGAUCUUAUGUUCUCCCCGCACGAAUUAGUCUAUGAAAACAUGUACAUUGUGAAUGAUGUAAAUAACUUUCCUUAACCUAUCACUUUAUCAGUCUCGAAACUUAUUUCCAGCAAAGAACAUUCGAUUUCGUGCAAGUGUAAAUAUAAUAUUAUUGAAUUCUACGUCUUAUUCCCAUGGAAACAACGCGGAUAACAGAGUCAGAGUCGUAAACAGCUGGCGCGUGCUCCGUUCUCACUUACACUCAAAUGCGCUCCGGAUCUCUUGCGAAACGUUCAGAAUUUCUUCCUAUCACAAAAGUAAACGGUGACCCGCCAUGACGAGAGAAUGUUUACAUUUUGUUGUUUGUUCGCGCACUUCCUCUCGCUCCUCUACUCCGUGCCCACUGCGUGUUUUGAUCAUUUGACUGCCUUUUUCUCUCGAUCUCACGUGUUUUUCUCUCUUUCGCAACCGCAUUUGCUCAUUCUUAGCGUCCCGUUUCCCGUAUCCAACUUUUUCUUUAUUCUGCAGGAUAGAAUGGACUAUUCCGGCCCGUCUCUCGGCCUGGAAACCCCUAAACUCUGCUGCAUUCCGGCCCGUCCGUUGAUUUGUUUCCUCGCCGGACUCGAAGUUGUUCGCGGAAUCUUCUCGAUCGUCUGGGCUGAAAACUGGGCCGCAUCAGUUCUCUUCUUCGUGUCCAUCUUCCUGAAUGCCCUCCUUUUCUUCGGAUCCGCCCGUAACAACGAGCCCGCUCUGAAAUGGUCACUGCGAGUGGUUCUGGUGUGCGUCGUCCUGGCCGCAAUCCAGUUUCUGAUUUGGCCGGUCAUGUACUCCAGUUUGACUGCUUCCGGAAUGAUUGACAACUCCACAAUGGUCGACUAUGAAGACGAUCUCUUCAAGCCGGACUCUACCAAAAAACAGAUGUUCAUCCGCGGACUCAUUGCUGGAUACGCUUCGAGCUCGCCGCUGCUCUCCUCAUCGGAGGUCAGUAAAAGUCGAUCUUUUUCACGAUUAGAAGUCAUUUUUCACGUUUUUUUUCAGCCCAACUUCUAA